CGGCGGCCGCGAGGGGCGGCGGCGAUCGGGCUCGGCUGGCCCGGGGCGCGGGCGCGGGCGCGGGCGCGGGCCGGCUCCGCCAUGGGCAACCUGUUCGGCCGCAAGAAGCAGAGCCGGGUCACGGAGCAGGACAAGGCCGUGCUGCAACUGAAGCAGCAGCGAGACAAGCUGCGGCAGUACCAGAAGCGCGUGUCCCAGCAGCUGGAGCGCGAGCGCGAGGUGGCCCGGCAGCUGCUGCGAGAUGGCAAGAAGGACCGAGCCAAACUGCUGCUCAAGAAGAAGCGCUACCAGGAGCAGCUGCUGGACAAGACGGAUCAGCAGAUCGCCAGCCUGGAGAGCAUGGUGCAGAGCAUCGAGUUCGCCCAGAUAGAGAUGAAGGUGCUGCAGGGACUCCAGUUCGGGAAUGAGUGUCUGAAGAAGAUGCACCAGGUGAUGUCCAUGGAGGAGGUGGAGCGGAUCCUGGACGAGACGCAGGAGGCCGUGGAGUACCAGCGACAAAUCGACGAGCUGUUGGCCGGCAGUCUGACGCAGGAGGACGAGGACGCGGUGCUGGAGGAGCUGCAGGCCAUCACUCAGGAACACGUGGAGCUGCCCGACGUGCCUUCGGAGCCCCUUCCCGAGAUGCACCCAGAGAAAGUCCCCAUCAAGGCCCGGCCCCGACAGGCAGAGCUGGUGGCAGCGUCAUAGCAGCUGUGCUGCACUGGGACGGUGGCAGGAGCAUGCCCAGACUGCAGCGAGCGGGCAGCAGCCACUCUCAGUACAGCUGCCCACGACGGGCUCCUCCGGAUCCAUGGGACACGAGCCUGGCCAGAAGCACCCAGUGCUGGCCAGAACUGCCUCUGCUCCCCACUCCUUCUCACUUCCCCAAGAUCUGGGGGUACAUCUGGCUUCUGUGCUGGUGUGAGAGGUGCUGGGAGAGGCUCUCCAGCCAGCCCUCCAGCUUUAGGACCGGGACCUCACCAAGCUUGGCCCCUGAGAAAAGACUCAGGACUGCAAGGGGGUGCUCAGAGCUUCUGCAGCUGUGCCCCAAGGCCAGAGGACGCCCAGCCGGCCACUGGGAACCGCCACGACCAGCCCUUCAUUGCUCCCGUGGCUGGGGGGCUUUGAGGACACACCCAUACCCUGGACUCAGACCUUCGCUGCCAGUUGGGGACACAUCUGAGACCCUGAGGAGGGGGGAUCACCCCCCUGGGCCUCUCAUUAAAGCUGGCACUCCA